AUGUUCCGCGCAACAUUGUUGCUGCUGGCUGCGAGCGCCCUGGCGCUGCCUGCGCCAGUGCCCUCGCCAUCGCCAUCACUUUCCCUCACGGUCAAUGUGUUGGCUGAACAGGAAGUCCUCCGUCCUGAUCCCACGACGACCACUACACGCCGAAAAAAGAAGACUUCCACAGCCCCCUCCGAGAGUGCCACCGACACUUCACCCACUUCGCCAUCUCCCGUUCCCUCAGAAGUGUUCACCUCCCCCGUCCCCUCAGAAGCAUCUCCCGCCUCGGCCGCCCCACCUGGUCCCACGUUCACACCUAACCCCAAUCCCUUCAUCGACCCCGCUACUCCGACAAACGGUACCUCGUCCUCGUCCAAUUUCACCGCCACUGUUCAGCCCCAGAGCAUUGUCAGCACGAGCGGGACCCCCGGCCUCGUUGUCGUCACUGAAGUCCUGACGGUCACAGCCAACCCGAACGGGCAGGAUAAUGGGGCAAAGGUGUACUUUCCCAGUGCGCUGAACUACUGGGUCAUGCACGCACUUUCUGUCAUUGAGUGGGCGCCGGCCCUCCCUGUCCCCGUCGAUAUUCGGUUGACAAGUCCCGACACAGACCUGCUGGUAUACGACUACCUCCUCAGUUCAAAUGUGCCAGCGGGGUUUAGCAGUCUGGCGCUCAGCGUCAUGGAGCCCGCACAUCCCGCCAAAGGAUACCAGCUUCUUGUGGCAGACCAUGAGAACGGCACGAUCUACUCUACAUCGGAAAUGUUCGAGAUCAAGAAAGCCGGGACCAGUGUGCUUGUUCCUGCCGGCUAUGCCGCCGCAACACAGAGCGGCGGAAUCAUCGCGCAGGCCUCGGGUGCGAGCAUGAUGUGGUCAACCGCAACUGCAACUGCCAUCGUUGCGCUCGCUCUCGGGGCGCUGUGGCUCUAA